AUGUUUGGGCAAAUAAGAUUUAUUUACGACGAUAUCAUGGAUUCAGAUUUUGAACCGAAUGAUCGGUUCGUUCAUGUACCAACUAAAUUAGACCAGCUGAAGAACUUACUGGAAGGGUCUAGAUGGGGUUGUGCAUUUGAUCGACACGUGUUUCUCCGUCAACUCAAUCCUGUGUUAAACGAGUGGAAUGGCCAGUUUCCCAAUCUCCGGGAUAUUUUUAGUCCUGAGCAAAUUGAGCAUCUACUCUCGGAAACGAGAAAUUAUUAUUACAUGGAACAUCGGAAUUCGAAUGAAAGAAAUGAAUUUAUACGAUUUGUAAUUCGUUGUGGAUACAAAGAUGAGCCAGACUUGGAUAAAAAUGGUAGGCCUAGUUUGGUUCGAACUACGCCGAUACAUCUCGCGGCUAGAGAUGGAGACUACGACACUAUUCCAGAUCUUUUUAAAAUAUACAGCAGCUUUGAUUUGAAUUAUAUCGACGAAUACACCGGCAUGACGCAUUUUGAAAUAGCGAGCAUGACUUUUUGUAAAGAUGCAAUCGAGAAAUUUCUCGAAUUCGGCAAUGAUCCGAAUAUCACGUUACCAAUGACUGGUGAGCCUUUACUACACGCCGCUUUAAAGAAAAAAGAAAGAGAGAUAGUUGAGAUACUGCUGAGAAAGGGUGCUAAUCCAAAUUUGGCCGACAAAAGUGGAUAUAGGGCUUUACAUAUCAUUUGUCAAGACAAUAGUGACGACGUUCAUUCGGCGAAGAUGUUAUUUGAACUCAGCCAAAAGUAUCAUCCGUUGCUGGUUGACGCACAAGACGAGUUUGGUGAUUCAGCAUUGCACUUGGCUCUGCGUUACGGCAACAACAAGCUGGUUGAAUUUUUGUUGAAAAUAGGGGCCGACUCAAGUUUAGUCAACAAAAAUGGAUUGACCCCUCGGUAUAGCACGAGUGGCGGCCAUCGUGAAUUAAUGAAGGUACUCAGGACCACUAAUGAACUUACAAAUGUAUCAAAUUGUAAUAAUAAAAGACCUUUAAGGGCUAAAAGAGCUCCUAAAAGGCUGCAUUAUAUUGCAGGUUACAUACAGCUCCUUCGCUAG